AUGGAAGAUCUUAAACAGUUCAACACUACACUUGAUUAUAAUUUAGAACGGGAGGCUUUAAGACGAUUUUUGUUCACCUUUGAAACUAAGGGUUCUUUAAAGUAUAUGGGUCAGAUUAAGGCAUUACCACAAACAAAACACCUGGCUAUCGAUGUAGAGGACAUUCUUGAAGACGGAAAUACUGAGUUGUAUACGGGAGUACUAAGCAAUACAAUGAGAUACCGAGAGAUGGUUUAUGAAAUAGUUGAUGAAAUGAUCAAAGAGGAAGAGAUAGAUAUGCCAGCUGAAGAUUUAUUCUUUGAGCACCGGAAGAUAAGGGUGCAGGAAAGAGAUCCAGGGAAGAGUGUGUUUACACAGCUGCCGAAGGGAAUGUUGCGGUACUAUAGUGUAGAUAUUAGUCGGAAGGACAGACAGAGUUUUGAUGAGAUAGGUCCGGAUAGAAUUGGUGGGUUAGUGGCUGUGCGUGGGAUAGUGAGUAGGACUUCGGAAGUACAUCCAUCAGUUUGGGUGGCUGUCUAUGUUUGUGACCAGUGUACGUCGGAACUGUUCCAGGAAGUGGAAGGUGAGAGUUUUAUGCCACUAAGUGAGUGUCCUACGGAGAGGUGUCGGAGUGGCCGGGUUAAAGGUACGUUGCACUUACAGACGCGUCCUUCUAAGUUUCGGGCUAAGCAAGUCUUGCAGAUCCAAGAGAUGCCGCAGGAUGUGCAGCCGGGUCGUAUUCCGCGGACUUUAGUGGCCGAUGUCUAUGAGACGCAAGUAAGACUGGCCGUGCCGGGGAUGGAAGUUUUACUGGCAGGAGUUUUGCUGCCACGGCCGAAUGAAGGUCUGCAAAGAAUGCGGAUGGGCUUACUUAGUGACACGUACAUCCUUGGUGCUAAAAUAACACUACUGCGUGGCAAUCUCUUAAGCAAGACGCCAAAGAGUACGGGUAUGGGUGCGGAAAUGGGUGUGGAAAUGGGCGUGGGAGAUGGUGGUGUGGCCGGGAAUGAGUUGGAGACGGGUAGUUUGGGGUAUUCGGUUGAGAUGUUGAGUCAAUCGAUAGCCCCGGAAAUUGCCGGGUUGAAGGACGUGAAGAAAUUGUUGCUGCUUAUGCUAAUUGGUGGUGAUACGUAUACGGAGGGUGGUAUGCGGAUAAGAGGAGAGAUUAAUGUGUUGCUGGUUGGUGAUCCGGGUGUAGCUAAGAGUCAGUUAUUGAAGGCAGUUGCUCGUAUUUCACCGCGGGGUGUAUUUACAACGGGUCGAGGGGCAAGUGGUGCGGGUUUAACGGCCUGUGUAGCACGGGAUCCAGAAACAGGUGAGUACCGGAUAGAAGGUGGGGCAUUAGUGAUGAGUGAUGGUGGAGUGUGUUGUAUUGAUGAGUUUGAUAAGAUGCACGAAGGGGAUAGGUCUUGUGUUCAUGAGGCUAUGGAGCAGCACCGGAUAAGUAUUGCUAAGGCCGGGAUCAAUACGACUUUGAAUGCGCGGUGUUCGGUUUUAGCGGCUGCUAACCCAAUUAAGGGGCGGUAUAUUGAUAGGAAGAGUGUGGCGUGGAAUGCCGGGUUGCCAUCGGCCUUACUGUCUCGAUUUGAUGCCGUUCGGGUUUUAAAAGAUACGGCAGGAGAUGCCGAUAAGGACAUUGCUGCCCAUGUUCUGGGGGUGCACCAAAGCCGGGGCGUAUUAAGAGGAUGCUUAACACCGACCCAACUCUCAGCUGAAAUAGCUCGGCGUAAGCAGUUGACGACGACUUUAGGACCAGGAGUACGGGCAAGGAUUGUGGAUGCCUACGUAUGUGAACGGGCUCGAGCAGGCCAGCUAACUGAGCGGGCAUCAGCUGGAACGGCUCGUAAGGUUUUGUCAGUGCUAAGGUUUGCCCAGGCAUUGGCUAAGGCGGAGGGACGGACAAUGGUAGUGAUUGAUGAUGUGGAAGAGGUUUUGCGGUUGCUAGGCGGGGAUAGCCGGAGUGUUUAUGAUGCGAUUGUUUCUAUGCCCGGGGAGGACUUUGGGACCUAUCGGGUGGUGGAGUUGGAGGGUCUGUAUAAAGAGACGAGUCGAUUUGCCCGAAGCGAAAUCCACCAAUGCAUUGAGGAGCAAGUAGCGAUAGGUGCUUGGAUUUUGAACAAGAAUCGAUUAACAAUUCCACGAGCCUAA